AUGUCCUUGUCCUCGACCGUGGGAUCCCUCCGGUCAAUGCUCCCCGCAGUCGUUGCGAAUACCAGUCCAGGUGUUAUCCUAUCUGGAGCCUUUGGCUUAACCUCCCUGUGCGCAUUUGUCGCCUGGAUGAGCUAUAACCUUUAUUUUCACCCGCUUGCCUCUUUUCCUGGCCCAAAGCUCAAUGCAGCAACGCCUUUUCCUCUAUAUCGCGCUAUUUUAAAGGGACAAUUGCCCCUGUACGCAGAAAAAUUGCAUGCCAAAUAUGGCGAGGUUGUACGCAUUGCCCCGGGCGAAGUGACGAUCAUCAAUCCGGAUGCAUGGAAAGACUCUACGCAAUUCGCCCAGACGCACACGAGAUACCGUCGAUCUCUCGCACACGGCUUCUCCGAGUCCAGUCUCCAGAAACAGGAAGUUAUCGUUAAGGGCUACAUGGAUCUGUUGAUCCAGCGGCUACACGAACUCUCAACCCCCGGAAGCACGGUAGUCGAUAUGACAAAUUGGUAUAAUUAUACGACGUUCGACAUCAUUGGUGAUCUUGCCUUUGGUGAAUCCUUCGGCUGUCUCGAGAAUUCAAAGUACCACUUCUGGGUAUCCGUCAUCUUUAGCCACUUCCGAACCGCAGCAUGGGCUAACAUCAUGCGCCGUCUGCCCUUCGGCCGAUACCUGAUGAAGUGGAUUGUUCCGAAGAAAAUACAAGAGAAAAAAGCACAGAACAAGAUGACUCACGAAAAGGUUCAAGCCCGUAUUAGUUCCGGAGACAAUGGCCGGCCCGACUUCUUAAGCAACGUGCUCAAGCAGCCUGUCGACAAGGGCAUGACUGAGGACGAGCUGGUUUCUAAUUCCUACGUGCUAAUAAUCGCCGGCUCUGAGACCACCGCUACAUUGCUAUCCGGUGUGACAUACUAUAUCCUCACCGUCCCUGGAGUUAUGGAUAAGUUGAAAGCAGAGAUUCGAGGAGCUUUUGCGACAGAAGGGGAGAUUACCUGGUCGGCGGUUAACCAGCUUCCGUAUACGCUAGCCGUCUUGAAUGAGGGUUUGCGGAUGUAUCCACCUGUUCCCUUCGGCUUCCCCCGCAUGGUUGAGGGCAAGGGCGAUUUUCUUUGCGGUCGAUGGGACCCCGGAGGCUCUAAAGAAUUCAUUCCUGAGAGAUUCAUGGGAGAGCCCGAAUUUGAGUCCGAUAAGAGGAACGCAGUGCAGCCAUUCAGCGUGGGUCCGCGCAACUGCUUGGGUCGAAACCUGGCAUAUGCAGAAAUGCGACUGAUUCUGGCUCGUAUGAUCUGGAAUUUUGAUAUGGAAAUUGCUCCGGAUUCCAGGAACUGGAUUAACCAGGACGCGUAUGUCGUGUGGGAGAAGCCAGCCCUGAACGUGAAAUUGGCACCGAACUACACUUAUAGCGGAAUUGUUAAUCGAGCCCAAAGGAUGGCAGAUGCAAGCGACAAUACCAUACGGUUGAGCCAGGGGAGCCGUAAGCGAGGGCGCCCGCUACUCAAUGACACCCAGCAGCGCACCCUGAGACGGCGAGAACAGCUUCGCAGGGCACAGCAGGCAUAUCGCAUUCGGAAAGACGACACAAUCAGCAAUUUGACAAACCGUGUGGAGGAGCUAGAAAGGGGAGCCCAAGAAAUCAGCAAAUCGUUUCUUAGUCUCAGCAAACAAUUGCUAGACACAAAAGCCCCCGAAAAUUAUUCGCAAAUUGCCUCGGCCUUGCAUAAGGCGACCCGGCAAUGCCUGGCUCUUGCGCAGGCGGCGCAAGCAGUACCCAGCGUUAGUGACGACAACGAAGCCUGUGAGAAUGCGGCCGAUUUUGUCAAGUGCUGGCGGAUGGACCAAUCAGACGACCAUCAGCAUAUAGGACAACAAGAAGUGCAUUGCGACUUGCCGUCAAAAGCCAUCGAAACGCCCAUAGAUAAUUCAGUUGAUGGACCAACUCGAUGGGUUCUUGGAUCAUCACUACCUCCAGACUCACCACUUGGUGACCCGAGAACAACGGAAUUCAACAGCAACAGAUAUAACUUGGCAUUGCCCUUUCCGUCUCCCCACGCGAGCUUGCCCCUUGUUACUCAGCCAUUCAUACACUCAAGCGAAGAAACGCAAUUUAUGCAGCUUUUGGUUCAACAGUGCUGCCUAACUGCAUACGAGCUAUUAGUCCGGCAGUCAGAUAUCCUAAGGAUCCAGGAGGUAUUUGGAUUCAUACCACCAGCUUCGAAUCGAAACCAGAUGGCACUUUGUCUCUACAACGCGUUCCAAAGUGAAGAUACACAAAGUAUUCAGCGUCAGGCUAAAGUGCUUACUUUCCUGCGCUCCGGGGAAGUUGACUUUCCAACAGAGCCAACUGACUCAUUAUCCAGGGCCUGGGGAUACGCAUUUGACGCCGAGACUGGUGCGGAGUGGUUGGAUGUUCAUGGGGUGCAAGAACUCCUGUCUAGGAAGGGGUUCCAGUUCCAAGAGAAUACCUCUGCACUAUCCCAGGAAACUAGUGUAAAGUUGGAUUAUUUUCCCUCACUGCACUUUGAUGUGACCGCCUUCAUUAAGGUCCUCUCCAGCAAAGCCAUCUGCGUUUUUCCUGGACCGGCAUUUAGGCGUGAGGUCGUUGAAAAUGCACUGGAUUUUGCGAUUGCAGAUUAUUACGCCGUCCAUCAUACGCCUCGCCAAACCCCGCUCACGACCCAACCCGCCUGGGCGCAUCGAAAAGCCGACCCAAGACCUAAACGGGUACCCCGUAGAACACACCAAGGCAAAAAAGGCUGA